GUUGAUGUCAGCAUGGAGGCAGUUCAGGAUCAGCCUGCUGGCGCUUCCAUUGGGAUGACAGCUGAUCCCGCCGUGGCGUAGAUGAGCAUCGGGAUCAUCCGAUCAACUGCUGAGAGUGAGCCUAGUCAAUGACAGGCGGCUGAAACGCACGUUCGUCUCAUCCGAGGUUUAUAUUUCACACAACACUCAACGAUACAAACUUAAUGGCAGAAGGGAAAACCCGAACGAGCAUCAGUUGGAAAGGAAAGUUCCCUUGCUGUCGGUUUUUAUAGUUUCCUGCAGCGUAGUCUGACCGCACUGAGGACAUUUGUGAUCACACAGGUAAUGAGUGAACAUGGAGGCUGGCUCGGUGGUGCGUGCAGUGUUUGAGUUCCUCCCGAGCGUCUCUGAAGAGCUUCCUCUGUUCACCGGAGAUGUCAUUGAAGUGCUCAGUGUUGUUGAUGAAUUUUGGCUACUUGGAAACAAAGAUGGAGUCACAGGUCAGUUUCCUACCACUUUUGUGGAGUCUGUUACAAUCCCAAGCACCAAGGCAGGAGAAAAUCUGUAUGUGUGCAUUAAUGACUUCAACUCUGCGGAGGCUGGAAACUUACCACUAAUGAGAGGUGAUGUAGUUGCUGCUGAAAGCAGUAUGGAUUCAGUGUGGAUGAGAGGGCAUAAUGCAUGGGGCUCGCGCGGGCUCUUCCCUGUCUCUUGCGUUAAAGAGCUAGAGCUUUCUGGACGGUCCAGGCAACUGUCCGAGCGCAGUGCAGCUGUCCAGGCCUCUGAGCUCCCACCACAUGCACUGGGCCAGGCUCGUGCCCUCAUGAACCUUCACGCCCAGUUGGACGAGGAGCUGGACUUUCGAGAGGGUGAUGUCAUCACCAUCAUAGGCCUGCCAGAACCUGGCUGGUUCCAGGGAGAGCUGGACAGCAAGACAGGACUUUUCCCAGAGGGUUUUGUGGAGUUGCUUGGACCUUUGCGCUCACCUCUGGAAGAGCCUGAACCACAGACCUUGGAACAGUAUCCGGCUUACAGCAGGGAGGAAGAAGAAAGGAGAGACGAAGAAGAGAGGGAUGAGGAACCUCCAGAAAUGGAGAUUCAGCAAUGUCAAGAGGAGGAAGAAGAGGAGGAGGAAGAAGAGGGAGCCAUUUACGGUAUUGCGCUUUAUGAAUUUCGAGCCCUUGAGCCUGGUGAGCUGGACUUUGAUGUCGGUGAUAAGAUCCGCAUCCUUGCCACUCUGGAAGACGGGUGGUUAGAGGGGCAAAUACACGGCAGGAGAGGAGUUUUUCCACAUCGAUUUGUCAAGAUGGAAGGGCAGCUGCAGACUGUCCCACAAACUGAGACUUUAGAUAAUGAAAUUAGUGUACCUAAAAGAGAAGAAGAGUGUUACACCCCAGAUUAUACCUCAGCUGAGGAAGAUCACACCGUGCCAGAAUAUGGACAGGAGUGGUCUAUCCAGCAAGACCACACAGUCUGGGACCUAGAUUACUUUGAGCGCCGGGAAGAGGAGCAAAAGGAUAACAGUGGUCACUACAUGCACUCUGAUCAGAGCUCUCAAGAGAGAAGAAUGGCUCAAAAUCAAUCACAGGUUCAGUCCCAAGAACAAAGGCGAGAUAGACCCCCACCUCCUCAGACACAACCCAACAGAGGAAGUAGCUUAGGCCACAGAAGUGUUCAAAAUAACAGAAGAAGCAGCCCCAAUAUGGGUCGACCUCAGCUGCCCCCUAGACCAAGUCUACAUGCUCUUAGCAACCGUAAAUAUAGCACUGGUUCUCACGCUAGCUUACGACAACCCCCACCAGCACCCAUCACAAAGAACCAGAGUUUCAAUCCACCUAACAAAACAUCACCGAAUUCCACCUGGACAAGGAACAAUGGUAGAUAUGCCUCUCACAACAGCAGAAACCCCUUAAGCAGUAAAAGCUCUGCUGAGAAGAACAGGCAGAAGAAGCUAACUCGACAUGCAAGCGUUAAUGAUGCAGACCUAAUAUCUGGUGGAAGCACUGAACAAGGGGCAUGGCCUCAGGUACAAGGUUCGAAUGGGUUUCCGACAUCCCAGACUAUGGGGACUUUGGCUUUGUCGGCUGGGGAUCUUGAAGCCAAGCUUUCUCAGCAGCUGAUAGAGUUCGAAAGGAGCUUGCCGGGUCAUAGCAAUGGAGCCACGGAGCAGAGUCGAUGGGAGGAAGUUAGUGGCAGACUGGGCAAUAAAGUAUCCCGCCACUUCUCUAUUAUGGACUACAGUGAUGAGAAUGACAUAAUCCGUGGAUCCUCUCACUCCUCAAUAGAACGUUUAUUACCUUCCACUUCCUCGCCUUCUGGCUCUGCCUCCUCCUCUUUGGAGAGACGGAAAAAUCUGCGUCCACCUCCUCCUCGACCUCGAAUCCUUAGGCCUUCGGCUCCAACAAAUACACAUUGUUCUCAGACCAAUGGUCGUAUUGCUCCUCAGCCUUACCGACCUGCACGUCCAGCACCACGUCCACCUCCUCCAUGUCCACGCACCAAUGCAGUGACACCUCCAACCACCUCCAACCCAUUUUAUAAUUCUCCAGAUGAGGAAGAGAUUGUUGAAGAGAUGGAAGAACUAGAGGAUGUUCUGGAAGCAGAAAAAGAGAUGGAAAUGGAACAAGAGCAAUACAGGUUACUCCUGAGGCUGGAGGAGGUGGAAAGAGAAAUUGAUAUGUAUUCUAAUACAGCCCAGGAGCUACAGGCCAUGCUGGAUGAGGAGCAGGAUGAGACUUCAAGGCAACAAGCUCUGGAGAAUCUUGAAUUUUGCUCUUACACCAUGGAGACACUGACCCUGGAACAGCAGCAGCUACAAGAGAUGACUCUUCUUGCCUCUCAGCCGAAAUCUCUAGAAUCAUCCCCAGCGUCUGCGACCAACACUGAAGACCCUGAACAAAGGAUGCUGGAGAAAAGGACAAAAGUCAUCGAGGAGCUUCUGCAGACUGAACAUGACUACAUAAAAGACCUUCAGAUGUGUGUGAAGGAGAUCAUUCAGCCACUGCAGAAGAAGCAGGUCCAGGGUAUUGACUUUGAUGGCCUCUUUGGAAACAUCAACUCUGUGAUUGACCUUUCCCGUAGGCUCAACAAGACCCUCCAGGACACUGACUCUAUAGGUCAAGUGUUCCUAAGCUACAAAGAUCAGUUGGAGGAUGUUUACAAAAUCUACUGCCAAAAUCACGACGACGCCAUCUCUUUACUGGAGACCUAUGAGAAGGAUGAGAACAUCCAAAAGCAUGUGUUGGAAUGUCUAGAGAAGCUCAGAGGGAUAUAUCGCGAGUGGGGAAAGACGAACUACAUUAAUCUGGGUUCGUUCUUAAUAAAGCCGGUGCAGAGAGUGAUGCGUUAUCCUCUCCUUUUGAUGGAGCUGCUGAACACCACUCCUGAGUCACACCAUGACAGACAGCAGCUCUCUGAGGCAGUCAUGUCCAUUAAAGAGAUCAACGUCAACAUCAAUGAAUACAAGCGGAGGAAGGAUCUGGUGGUGAAGUACCGCAAAGGCGAUGAAGACAGGCUAAUCGACAAGAUCUCAAAGCUGAGCAUGCACUCCAUCAUCAAGAAGUCAAACAGAGUGAGCAGCCAUUUGAAGCACCUGACUGGGAUCUCACCUCAGAUCAAAGAUGAAGCUUUUGAUGAUGCAGAGAAAAGAUUCAGACUCCAGGAGCGACUCAUUAAAUCCUUCAUCAGGAACAUCUCCCUCUAUCUGCAGCAUAUAAGGGAGUCAGCCUCAGUAAAGGUCUUGGCCGCCAUUAGUUUCUGUGAUAUCUACACAGAACGGCAACAGCCGAUGGACCCAGAGCGUUUCCAGAGAGCACAUCGAUGCAUCAGCGACAAACAGUUCACAGAGUUUAAGGAGAGGACAGAAGCCCUAGUCAUCACUCCCCUAACCCAGCUGCUCAACAUGUUCGCCGGUCCCCACAAACUGAUCCAGAAACGUAGAGACAAGCUUCUGGACUACGACAACUGUAAGGAGCGUGCCGAAAGGCUAAAGGACAAGCGUGUACAGGAGGAGCUGCAGACGGCCAGGAAUAACUAUGAAGCUCUGAACGCUCAGCUGCUGGAUGAGCUGCCCAAGUUCCACCGCGCGGCUGAAGAUCUGUUCACCAGCUGCGUCAGGGGUUUCGUCCAAGCCCAGGGAGAUUUCAUUUCACUCACACUUGGAGAGCUCACACCACUGCUGCAGCUGUCUGGCUUGGGAGGUACUGAAGGAAAUCUGGUGUCCUUGUUCCAAGAGGAGCACACGCGAGUGCUGGAUUUACUUCAGAGCUUCAGUUUCUUCCCUGAAAAUCUUCCCACUACUGUACGCAAGACUUUUGAGAAGAAGACUCUAGAGAAACAGAACAACAAGAAGCCCCAAGCACCUCCAAACUAUGUGCUCCAGACAGAUGAGCACCGAGCAGGGCUUCUGGUGAGAUACGGCCCAGAGAAUCUCUACCAGGCUGAAAGAAAUUUUAACGCAGCACAGGAUCUGGAUGUAUCAGUUCUGGAAGGAGACAUUGUGGGUGUCAUCAAGCAGCAAGACCCCAUGGGCAGUCAAAACCGCUGGCUAAUAGACAACGGAGUUACGAAGGGAUUUGUCUACAGCUCCUUCUUAAAGCCCUACAAUCCUCGCAGGAGUCAGUCGGAUGUCUCCAUUGAGAGCCAGUCAUCAAAUGAAUCUGGCUACGGUGGCUCCUCACCCAUGUUUUCACGGCAGAACAGUAACAGCACACUGACUUUCAACCAGGAGACGUCAACUGUAAGCUUCACAACAGCCACGACACAAAACCAAUCAAACACUCGGCCAAAUAAUGAGAGCACUCCGAGGAAAAACAGAGAGGCUUCGUCCAAUCAGAGGGAUUCCCUUGAACCUGCCUUCAGAAACUUACCCAAUCACAAAGAAGUGUCAGAAACUGCCAUUCGAAACAGCAGGGAAUAUUCAGAGCCCUCACACCGAAGUUCCACCAAUCACAGAGACUCUGUAGACUCUGAUCAAAACACUCCAACCAAUCCGAGAGAUCGGUUAGAUUUCUCAGAGACGGAUUCUUCUUCCUCCAGGAACUCCAGAUAUGAACCAUCAUCUAGAUAUCAGGAUUCAAAGGCUUCCUACGGCUCACAUCAACGACAGAAUGGAGACUAUUCAGGUCAGCAGAGAAGGCCACAAUACACUCCUGUGGAGUACAUCGAGCCGGAGCCUGAACCGGAGAUUGAUGGACACCAGAUAUAUUAUGCUCUUUACUCCUUCAGUGCACGCUGUGCAAAUGAGCUCACCAUUUCAGCCAAUCAGCGGGUGCGAAUCCUCGAGUUCCAGGACAUGAACGGCAACCAGGAGUGGUGGCUGGGUGAAGCAGGAGGACGGAGGGGGUACGUCCCGUCAAACUACAUCCGCAAAUCUGAGUACACAUGAGCCACAGUCUCCCACAAAAUUUCCCCAAACCCUACAGACCAACUCCAAACACACUACAAAAGGACAUUCUUGUGCCUUAACUAUAGCGGAGAGAUGCACUGAUGCUGUGAAAUGCUAAAAAAAUACCCUCCAUGUUGACGUAUUCACUCAAUGAAUGUAACUCCACAGCGCCUCCUAUUGGAUACAGAGGAUGGUGCAUGUUGAAUAUGAAGUAAUGGAGUGAAAAAAUAGAGAUCGUUUGGAUUGAGAGGCAAUGAGGUGUUGGAUUCGGUGGUCUCCAUUUAUAGUCCGUUUAUAGUGUUAGCGCUUAAUGCUCCGUGUAGAGCGUAGAUGUGUAGGAGUGAAGGACUUCACACUGGAUGGCAGAUGAUGGGAUUGAUAAUCCAGUACAACUGAGUGAAUGAGUGUUUGUUUGUGUGCCAGUGAAAAUUGUUUGAGUGUGUUUGUUGUGCUUUUGAGAUGUUUCCUCCCUUCAUUUGACAAUCUUAGAUGCACCAAGAGUGAAAAACAAGUCUUUGGGUAUUAUUGAAUGCGAACAAAAGCCUUUAUUUAAAGUGUUUGGAUUUACGCCACUUUGAGGCUUCCAGAUGUUAAAGGGAUAGUUCAGCUAAAAAUUAAAGUAGAUCAUCCUCUACUUGUUCCAAACCUUUUUUUCUGUUGAACUCUUAAUAGAAGAUAUUUUGAAAAGUGUUGGAAAAUGGCAGCCAUUGACUUAUUACUUUUAUGAAGUUAAUUACUUUUAAGCCUUUUAUUUCUGUAAUCUGAAUGUAUUCCAGAGGUAAACAGUAUAGUAAAUGAAAACAUAACAUUGGGAAAAGAAUUUUGUACAUGAAUUAAGUUAUUUAAAAUAAUUUAUUUUAAAUAAAUAGUAAAAUUUAAUUACAGAAAGUCAGCUAAAAAUUUUAAGUUGAUCAUCUUUUGAUUGUUCCAAACCUUUUUUUUCUUCUAAAAGUUUCUUUUUUUCUGUUAAAGUCUAAUAGAAGAUAUUUAGAAGAAUGUUGGAAAAUUGUAGCCAUUGACUUGUUACAUUUAUGAAAUUACUUUUCUGAAUUUUAUUUUCAUAAUCUGACAUAUUCCAGAGUGAAAGUGUAUAACGAAAACAACAUUGGAAGAAUAAUUUUGUACACAAAUUAAGUUAUUUUAAAUAAUUAAUUCUAAAUAAAUAGUCAAAUUUAAUUACAAAAAGUCUGCUUAAAAUGAAAGUUGAUGAUCUUAUGCUUGUUCCAAACCUUUUUUUCUCAUUUUUUUCUGUUGAACUCUAAUAGAAGAUAUUUUAAAGAAUGUUGGAAAAUUGUAGCCAUUGACUUAUCACUUUUAUGAAAUUAAUUUCUUUUAAUUUAUUUUUAUUUCUCUAAUCUGACAUAUUCCAAAGUGUAUAGUUAUUAAAAACAUAACACUGGGAAAAUAUUUCUGUACACAAAUUAAGUUAUUUUAAAUAAUAUUUUAUUUUGAAUGAAUAAUACAAUUUUUACAAAGUUUCAGCUAAAAUUAAAAGUUGAUCAUCUUCUGCUUGCUCUAAACUUUUUUUUUCUUCUAAAAGUUGAUUUUUUUUCUGUUGAACUCUAAUAGAAGAUAUUUAGAAGAAUGUUGGAAAUUUGUAGCCGUUGAGAGUGAAAGUGUAUAAUGAAAACAUAACAAUGGAAAAAUUAUUUUGUACACAAAUUAAAUUAUUUAAAAUAAUUAAUUUGAAAUUAGUACAAUUUAAUUACAAAAAAAAUUUUUUUACUUCCAAUUUUUUCUCCCGCUCGCUGUUAUUAGAAGAUAUUUUGAAGAAUGUUGGAAACUGGUAGCCAUUGACAUUACUUUUAUGAAAUCAAUUAUACUUAAUCGUACUUCUGUAGUCUGACACUAUCCAAUCUGACAUGUUCCGUGAUUAACUCUAAUAUAAGAUAUUUAGAAUAAUGUUGGAAACAGGUAGCUUCUGAUGUCCAUAGUCAUUUUUAACACACAGAAAAAUAUUUUGACGUUGCAAUUUUCUUACUUUGCAAGUCAGUGUCUAUUCAACUUUCUUUAAAAUAUGUUCAACAGAAAAAAAGGAAACUCUUACAAGUUUUGGAACCAUUUGAGAUUGAAUACAUGGUGAGAUGUUUACAUUUUUGGCUGAUUUAUCCCUCGACCACUAUAACCACUGAUGAGCAUAUCAUAUUCCUGAAAAUAUGAAUGAAAUGCAAGAGACACUUUUGUUUUUUUAAGGUACAGUGUUUUUUUUACCUUUUUACUUUUUUAAUAGCAUUAUGUUUGCCACUUGCACUUGAAUGCAUUUACAGUUUAAUACCAAGAUGUUGUGAGCAGCUGUGCGUGAGUUCAGACCACCAGCAGAUGAUCUUUGAAUAUUUAUCUCUCAUGCUGUAUAUAGUGAGAAUGAACAUCUGCACUCCACUGUCAACUGAUCCAUUGCUUCUCUUUGAAAUAAAAAUCAGUUGAAAACA